UCACUUUCCUAUGCUGUUUAAGUGCCAGAAUGAGUGACCGCUAUCUAGAACAAAGGAUUAGUAUCAAGUUUUGCGUGAAAUUGAACAAGUCUGCAAGUGAGACCCACCAUCUUUUGAAAGAAGCUUAUGGGAAUGAAGUCAUGUCAAGGGCCCGAGUUUUCGACUGGCACAAAAGAUUUAAAGAAGGGCGGGAAGACGUUCGAGAUGACGCCCGGAGUGGUCGUCCAGUCACCCACCGGACGGAUGAAAAUAUCCAGAAGGUCAAGGACUUGGUUUGUUCAAACAGGCGGUUGACGGUGAGGAUGAUGGCCGAAGAGUUAAAUUUAGAUAAAGAAACCGUUAGACUCAUUUUGAAAGAAAACUUGAAUAUGAGGAAAGUUUCUGCAAAAGUUAUAUCAGGUAUUUUGAAGGAUGAACCUAAACCUCGGAGAUUUGACUUUCAGUCUGAUCUUUCAAAGGAAACUAGGAAAAAUAGCUCGUGUGUAAGGAAAAAGAUAACAAGUUCUGAAACAUGGACUCAUCUCCAGUGUGAAGCUGGUGGGGAAAUACCUCUGCCUGUAUCCCAUCCCCAAAACCACUACCCUGCCAGCCAGCUUCUGCAGGCAUCCUCAUCAACAAGCCUUCCCCCCAGGGCAGCUCAGGAUUGGUUCACCCCGUGGUGAAAGGAAUGUGAGGUAGCUGAGCCUGAGCUAGAAAGCUGCGUCACAGGCACCUUCAUUUGCUGCUCAUCCAUUUUCAGUCUUCACCCGCUCCUUCCCACGUUACCACCCUCCUAGUUACCCUUGCUGGACUACUGGGCCGUCUUCCAAUUUUGAGGAACUUUUGCCUGUUGACUUCUGGUACUUACUUGUUUCCUGAUUUCUUUUGCUUGUUAAAGUUUGGGUCUCCUUGCUGCCCAAACCUUAGCUUGUUGUGGCUGUCCUGUUCCUGUGUUCUCAACAUUCUGCCUAAGGGGAUCAUACCACUGAAAGGUGGGAACAGGACCUCCCAGAGUCCUUCUGUGCCCAUGAAGGCAUAUUCUGGGAGGACCCCAAAAGAAGGCCUACAGUUCCAGCCUGCUUCAUAGGUACAGUUCCAGCCUGCUUCAUAUGGUACAGAAGGCAGUGGCAUGCUGACCUAGUGAGCAUUGCUAAGGGCAUAUCCAGCCCAAAUGACUCAGUGGGAACCCCUCAUUACACAGGGGUUGGCCACCUGUACUCACCUUCUCACAGACCUGUCUUUUACAGAAGAGCUGGAUUUGUUUCAUGAGUCCUGUGCUCUGGACCCCCACUCAUUUGGGUAUCCCCUCUGCUGGAAGAGGAGGAUUUGGUCCUAGAAAAUAUAAGCCAGGGGACUCAGGCCCAGGCCGCGAUGUGUGAGGAGGAAGACGAGGUGAUACUCUAGACCUUGAAUUGAGGGAGUCUGCUGCUUAUGUGCUGAUUCCCACACAGUGGCCUGUUUUUAGUAACUAGUGCCAACACCAUCAGGUGGUUUUUGAGCACCUGCAGUUUUUAGAACACUGCCGGGCAUUGACCGUGUGAAGGUAUAAAACAAGAUCACCAAGGGCCGGCUGGGUGGACAUCCAGAUGAGAUGAUUCCUGACUGGAUCCAUAAAGAAAGGGCUGGAGUGAGCCUUCCAAAGAUGCUGGACAAAGACCAUGCUGGAUCAUAGGGUACCAGAAGCAUUGUUGGCCCAGACAGGGUUUGGACACAGCAACCGGAAGCAGACUGAUCUCCCUUUCUAUCCCAUUCUGGUUCAAAAUCGACAUGGAAUAUUAUAUUCCACAGCUGGAAGUCCAAGAGAAUAGACACCUUCCAGGGAAGAUCAUCCCAUCAGUGAUUUUAUCUAAUUCUUCCUCCACCCAUCACGCCUCCCUACCUUAUUUCCAUCUGCCCCACCAGUAAUGAGCAAAAACAGAAUAAAAUAUUCACCAACGUUUGAUUUCAAAAAACAUGGAUAGUUCUUCAGUCUUCUGAAUUCUGCCCCUGGCUCUGAAUCCUCACUGAAAUGUUGUUUGGGAAGAAUGUGUACCUGGGACCUGCUUUCCAGAGCCUUCCUUUCAGAUCCAUUUCUUAAGAGUUCAGAUUUGCCAGUGGAGAUGCCUGGGAUCAAUCUGGGUACCAACUGACUUGAGGACAUACAGUAAAGGAGGGGGCUACUAUUGGGGAACUCUGUUUCUGCAUCACAUACACUGCUCAGCCAGCCUGCUAUUUGCAGAACACCUGGUCAGCAAGGCUCACUAGGCUUCUUGGGAUUGGGUCUCACCAGGGUCCCAUGUGGCACAAUUAGCAAGAGGUUCCUUUGCUGCUGGAACUGUAUAUGCAGCCCUGUGUUCUCCAACUGCUUCUUGGUUGGAUCAGAGCCCUCAGAUUUUACCGGCCUUUACACACUAUCCAAGGCAGCCUUCAUGUAUUGCUCUUCUCUAGUCUCUGCCUUUUCAGAUCCUUGCAAAUACUGUGCCAGUUGUAUCACUCUUGUCCCAGUAUUAAUAUCUAGAAGUAAAAAAUCUGUAGUGGGAAACUUCAGUACCUCCAAGGACCCUUGGAUCUAGUGAAGGGGUCAGUAAAUUUUCUCUGUAAGGGAAAUGUCUUAGGAUUUGUGGGCCAUACAGUCUGUGUAGUAACUGCUCAGCAUUUUAUUGCAAAAGCAGACCUAGCUAAUACAGAAACAGAUGAACAUGGCUGUGUCCUAAUAAAACUUUAUCUAUGGAUACUAGAAUUUGAAUUUCAUAUAAUUUUCACAGGUUACAAAAUACUAUUUUGAUUUUGUUCAACUGUUUAAAAAUGUAAAAAAGCCAUUCUUAGACUUCUUAGUUUAUACACCAGAGAAAAAUGGAUGGUGGGCCAGGUUUGGCCCAUGGACCAUAGUUUGCCUACCCCUGGUCUAAUGUAUAUGAGAUGUGUAUGUAAGAUGACAGAUGAUUGAUCCUUUUCCAUCAAUAACGUUGUUAAUGCCAUAUUGAUCCAGCAGUGUCUGACAGUUUAUUAUCUAGAAAUUGUGGACUAUUGGAGGGGAUCUUUACAGUGCCAGGAGAGUGAACUAGAACUGAAUGAGUGACUAGUUUAUCUUGACCAUAUUGACUAAAAAUAAUAUUACACAAACUACUACUUAUAUCAUGCCCUUAUAAUAUCUCAGAAACAAUUUGGGCAAUACUGCAAAUAGUUAAAAGUUGCAACCAGUGGUAACAGAAUGAACUGAAGGUGGGUCCAAAGUUUCCAUGGCUACGGGCAGCAGUUGGAUGAGUUUACGUUUUUACCUGUGGGAGUGACUACUGUGGAGGUGACAACACCCCCUGAAUCAUACACUUCUUUGCAUGCUGGUGCCCAGGGUGUACCCUUUCACAUGUGUUUACUUGUUCUUCCCCUAAAGAGAGCCGUAUCACAUCACCUUCAGUUAAACUGAUGUUCUAAAAUUGAAAUAGAAUCUCAGGAUUGGACAGAUCUUUACGAGGGUAUUUCUAAUCCAGCCAGUCAAGUUUCCCUUGAAUCCAGGAGUGACUGACUCCUACAGCUGCUGAAAAAAAACGCAUCUGAAAGAAGAGUCUGUGUUAAUUGAAUACAUUUCUGUCAAGCGACUGUGUGUUCUAGGCACUAUCCUGUGUGCUGGGGUGCAGCAGUGGACGAAACCGACACAGGCCCUCGAUCUGACAGUCUGAAAUCUAAUUAUAUUACUCUUCACUUUGGUAGAACUCCUCUUGCAUGUGCUCACACUAACUCGUUAUUUGCAUACCCGGCAAUAGGUAUGACCUCUGCCAUUGGCCUCUGUGCUGGGGUCAUAAAGCCUCUCCAACUGCAUGAAUAACUUGAGGACUGUGUGUUCCACUUAAAUUUUAUUAUCCUUUAGACAGAUCUGUAUUGGUAGAAAAACACUCUGGCAAUGUUGAAAGUGUAAAUUGGCAACUGCUUUCUGAAAAGCAAUUUGGCAGUAUCUAUCAGGAGCUUUAAAAAUAUUUAUAUCUUCUGAUCCUCUAAUUCCGCUUCUGGGACUCUGUCCUAAAGAAAUAGUCUAAAAUGUGGGCAGAAUUUAUACUUAACAAUCCAGAAGUCCAACAGUAGAAAGUUGGUUAAAUAAAUUACCAUAUGAUUGUACAAUAGACGAUUAUACAGUCAUUAUAAUUAAUGUUUAUGAACUGUUAAAACAGUGUGGCAAAAUGCUUAUAAUGUUAAGUGAAAAGACUGUACACAAAAUAGUAUAUAUAAAUCCAAAAAUGUUUUUUUAAAUGACUGGAAUGGGUGUGCUAAGUCUGGGUGGUUCAGUUAUAAGUGUUUUCUUAAUUUCUCUGUUUCUUCUCCUUUAAAAAUUUCUCCAAAAUGUUACCACUUUUAUCAUCAGAAUAAAACAGUAGCACCAAAAGGUGGCAAUGGAGACAGGCCAAACCGCUCAUUUGGUCUGUGAGCAAUUAACUGGCUGGGUGGACAUGGAGGCUGUGUGAUACUGUGUUGGUAGCAAGAGUGUAGGACAGAAGGGAAAACGGCCUGCCACAGAGGAGAAGGCAAGGGACCAGAAUCCCUACAAAAAAAGCCAAAGUGAUAUGAGAAGUUACAGUGAGUGGCAUGCUCCUGUUAUGUAAUCCUAGGUAAAUAAAAGUGCACGUAUGGAUCAAGUAUGUUCUGACAAUGGGAAAAGAUAUGGAAAUACUCUCCCAAGUAAAAUUAACCUCAUUCUUGCAAUCUUUCAUACCAAGUGAGUAUUCUCAAGAUGGAUUUUAUUACAGCUGAUUCUCUGAAGAAUCCUUGAGACUUCCAUAUAAUUUUGUUAGGAUAGGAGUGGCUUGUGAUGUGCCAGGCCUACCUCCUCCCAUACUGGAACACUCAAGCAACAUGGAUGUACAUGGGAAUAUUUGGUAUCCCACACUGAGAAUUCUGCAACAUAUCAUUAGUCAUCUUAAUGUUGUAACUUAACAAAACUAAAGUUUGCAAAUGUUAUUUUGAUGGAAUCCAGAAUUGCUGUGCUUUUUGUUUAUGUCUGAAGAGUAAUUAUGUUAUGGGUAAAGUGAGAAAUGGUGUAGAUAAUGCCUAUCCAUAGAUGAAAUGGUUGUUAUCUUGGGAAAAUAUGUCCUUUGUUGUUGCUUUAGCAAAAUGUUUACCAUUAAAAUGCCAAAUAUACCUCUUUGGUAAAAUUUCAAACUUUCAAAUGAGUAUGUACAUCUUUUA